CGAUAGGAGCUCCUCCCCUGUCGCCCCUUGUUCUCCUAUUUUCCCCUCUUUCGCCUCUGUCGUCUCAUUCUUGCCCACAAGCUCCGCUCCAGUCAAGUCGUUCUCUAAGAUAUCAGAUCCAAUUUCAAGAGGAUCGAAGGGAGGUGGGUUGGGAAGUGAAAAUUGGCGAGUGCGUGAUGCCAUGAGAUCGAUUCUGUGUUCAAAUCUAGUUGUCAGUGAGUCCGGCCUUGUAGGGGAGAUGAAGAGUUUGCCUGGAAUUGAUUCUGUGUGAUUUUAUGUGAUGCGAGCGAGACACUGUGCGAGGUUUUCUUAGAUUGAGUUGACGGGUUACGCUGAUGCGUCUCGUCUGUGGAAAAUCGGAAGUAGGUGGAAUUUUGCAGUGAGUUUUGACAACCUUUUGCCGACAAAGAUAGUGUGCUGGUAUUUUAGUUACAGGUAGUCGGGAAGAUGAGAGGAUAGGCGGUCGUUAGUUUGUUCGUACCAUUUUGGAAGAAGUUCCCGCGAAUUUUCAGGAGUUUUGUGGAGUUUCUCUUGCCUAUUGGCACAUGGAAUUUAUACAGGCUCACUUCAUUGUUUACAGUCUUGUGGCACUGGUUAAGCUGAGAAUCUCCUCUCUGAAAUCGUAGGCUUGGCAGUCGGCUUGCUAGUUUGUAGACCGAGAGGAACGUGUUGAUUUCGUUCAUCAGCAUGGUUCUGUGGUUUGGGCGUGGCUCAUGCGAUUAGUCUAUUUUCGACAUUGACGAUCAAACCUGGGGUUCCAGCGAAUUUUUUGGGCUUAAGGUGUACAUAGCUCUAUCUGUAGAGGGUUGGGUGGUACUGGUUGUAGCAAGAUGACUACUAUCAUUGCAUCGUCAUCAGGAACACCACUGGUGGCUUCGGUCUCGGAUCGAAACAGAGGGAAGGUAGAGGAUGCUGAUUUGAAACUGAGAGAGGAGGAGAAGGAAGAGCAACUCAAGGUUAGGAAAGAAGUGGAAAGCUUGGAAGAUUUCCCUGUCGGGGUUUUGGAAAAUGUUCUUGGAAGGCUGUCUAUUCGCAGCAUUCUCAGGUUGCGUGCCACAUCAAGGGUUUGGAAGGCUAUAGUUGAGGAUGUGCAACUUCCAACUUUUGCACCGUGGUGCAUUGUUUCAUUCCCUGGGCCAAUUGAAAGAACUCCGCUCAUGUACGACUUGGCCGAGAAGAUGUGGCACUAUUGGUCUCUGCCUUUAUUUCGCACCCAUGAGAUUGUUUCAUGUGCGGAGAGCUUUUUGCUGUUGGAGGACUACGAGCUAGAACGAGCCAUCAUCACCAAUCCAUUCAGUGAUGGUCCACUGCAGGAGAUACCUAAGAUUGUUUCCGAGGAGCCGAGUUGUGAGGGAUCAGAGCCCGUGGUUGCACUUGGCAUCUACCAUAACGCUGGGAGAGUAUCGGCACUGCUCGUGGAUAAGCGGAUGAGCCCUCCAAGCUUCAAGAUCAUCAAGCACGAUCCUGUAUGGACAGAAGGUUAUAAUGGCACUCUGGAAGUAACUGAGGCAGACAAAUUUGUGGUUUACGAUUCUAAGACCAACGAGUGGGAGUCCGGCUAUGAGUUCAAUCCUCGACUGUUCCUACUUUGUGGGCACCCAGUAAUGCACAAUGGUCGCUUAUACUACUUAAAGGGAGGUGAUAACUUACGUGGGGAGGACACAAUAUACCAACUAGUUGUGUAUGAUCUAGCUCUAAAGAAGAGUAAUGUUGUGCAAUCUAGCAUGCCAGGGCGUUUUAGAUUCGUCUUCUUGUUCGAAAACCGCGGUCGGUUGAUGCUGUUUGGGGCCUUGUGGGCUUCACGGAACCUGGAUGGAGCAUACCCCGUUCAAGGAGAGUACCCCAGCGUUUGUGUGUGGCUGCUUGAAGAAGAGACCAUGAACUGGAUCGAGGUGCAGAGAAUGCCAGAAGAUUUGUUAUGGGAAUUUGUGGUCACUAUCUUUCCUUAUGAAGCCUGCUGCGCUGCAAGUGGGGAUUAUCUAUGUCUUCUUGACAAAAAGCAAAGGUCUCAUCUACUCAUGUGCAAUUUGAAGGAGAAGACCUGGUCGAUCAUACCUCUUGGUGACUCGGUAGGAAAGCAUGGGCUGGUUGAUCUCGUCAUGUUUCAGCCAAGGAUCAAUGCCUUAGAUGGGGGUAAACGUAGAUAUAAUCAAUGGAGCUCAUCUCAAAAGGGUUCAAAUUCCAGGAGUAUUGAGGAGCACCAAAGCUUCGGAUGUGAAGAUUAUAAGCUACAACUGUGAAUAAGGUUUGGAGGAAUUAAUUUGAAAUGUUUAAUUUUGAGGCUGGACGUGGAAUGAUGGAUGAGCUGAGUAGAAAUUUGUAUUAAGUAUCCGCUUCACGCAAUUAUUUCAAGAGAGGGGAGCCUUACUGUAAAUUGUAGAUCGUGCAUUCAUUUCAAGUAUGAAACAGCAAAUUCCUGACUUACAAGGGCUAUUAUACUGGUUUACAUCUGCGUCAUGAGAAUGCUGCUGGAUGGUGCUCAUGGCAUUAAUAUGGAGUCUUCUUUGGGUGCAUGCGUAAUUUAUCUCCAAAGCAUGCGAAAUAGCAGCUGAAUAACACCAGAUUGUACAUCAUAAAUUUGAUGUUAGUUUAAACGCCAAUAACUGUGAACUGCGAUUAUUAAUCUUGGAGAUUACGAGAGAUUAUUGACGUGAAAGCAAGAUUCAAAGUUUCUUCUUAGAGAUGUAGCGAAGG